AUGGCUGCCUACCGAACCCCGUGCCCUAGAGCUUCGCCUCGGCCGUCCACCCGCCCACCUGCAGCGGCCCCUGCCGGCUUCCGGCCUCCGCUGCCCGGGGAAAGUUGCCGAUCGACGCCCGCCGCUCAGCCCCGGCCCGAGCCGGUGGCUGAGGGCGCGGGGCUGUGUCGCGGUCCCCGGCUGCAGGUAGUGCCCGCGGUGGACCUGGCUAACUUACCUUCUGUUUUAACACAGCUACAGAAAGAUCUAGAAGAGGUGAAGGUGCUCCUGGAAAAGGCCACUAGAAAAAGAGUACGUGAUGCCCUUACGACUGAAAAAUCCAAGAUCGAGACCGAAAUCAAGAACAAGGUGCAGCAGAAAUCACAGAGAAAAGCAGAACUUGUUGACAGUGAAAAGCCAGCUGCUGUGGUUGCUCCCAUUACAACGGGAUACACCGUGAAAAUCAGUAAUUACGGAUGGGAUCAGUCAGAUAAGUUUGUGAAAAUCUACAUUACCUUAACUGGAGUUCAUCAAAUCCCCACUGAGAAUGUGCAGGUGCAUUUCACAGAGAGGUCAUUUGAUCUCUUGGUAAAGAAUCUAAAUGGAAAGAGUUACUCCAUGAUUGUGAAUAAUCUCUUGAAACCCAUCUCUGUGGAAGGCAGUUCAAAAAAAGUUAAGACAGAUACAGUUCUUAUCUUAUGUAGAAAGAAAGCAGAAAACAUGAGGUGGGACUACCUGACUCAAGUUGAAAAAGAAUGCAAAGAAAAAGAAAAGCCCUCCUAUGACACUGAAACAGAUCCUAGUGAGGGACUGAUGAAUGUUCUAAAGAAAAUUUAUGAAGAUGGAGAUGAUGAUAUGAAGCGAACCAUUAAUAAAGCCUGGGUGGAAUCAAGAGAGAAGCAAGCCAAAGGAGACACAGAAUUUUGAGACUUGAAAGUCAUUUUGGGGACUGUGAUGUGGAAAUACUGAUCUUUCCAAUGAGGAAAUGUUGGUGAGCUGCACAGAUAAAUUUGACAGAUAACUACUUACAUAGCCUUCUUCUAAGUGAAGGCAAUGAAUUCUCCCAUUUCUACUGGAGGAUUUAUUUAAAUAUGCUUAUUAAACACUUCCUCCAAAGAUGGUUUCCUUAGUAAUCUGGG